UUUGCAGUUUUUUCCAAAGCAGGACAAGCCAAUAAAUGGGAAUCAAAACAGUUUGGUCGAACUACUUCCAAAAAAAACUUCCAAGAUGGAGAGUUCUGAAUAUAUAAGAAUGACGAAUGCGGAUGCGAAAAACGAAAAGAAUAAACAUAUUGGAGAGUUAAAUAAUAUUAAAAAAUAUGUGGUAUCAUCACCUGAAGAGGAGCCAAAAUCUUUCGAGAAAAAAAGUAUUUGGAGAUGGAUUACAUUUCAAUCCUCGGAAAAGAAUGAUAAUCCCGUGGAAACAGAAGCAGUGCCUUUUUAUAAAUUAUUUAAAUUUGCAACUACAUUUGAAUUAAUUGUGAUAUUUUUUGGCGUAAUAUUAGCUAUAUUAAUGGGUUUUAGUUUUCCAUUUAUAAAUGUUAUUUAUGGUGAAUUUACAUCGUUAUUAAUUGAUCGAAACUCAUCUAGAGUAUAUGUUCUAAAUCAUUUUGGCGGUGGUCGAAAAGAAGUUAAUACAUCAGAUCCGCGUGAUGUUUCUGAUGCAAUAUUAGAAGAUUCAUUUGCAUUUGGUUAUGCUGGUAUGAUCUUAUCAAUAUACAUAUUCACAUGUUCAGCGUGCUCAGCGUAUUUGUUGAAUUAUGCAGCUUUACGACAAAUUGAUCGAAUACGUCGAAAAUUCUUUGAAUCAGCAUUGUCACAAGAAAUCAGUUGGUAUGAUACAUACUCCAACAUGAAUUUUGCAUCAAGAAUGACUGAAGACUUAGAAAAGUUAAAUGCUGGAAUUGGCGAAAAAAUAACAUUAUUUGUAAAUUUAAUGAGCUCGGUUGUGAUCGGUUUGGUAUUAGCUUUUAUCUACGGUUGGGAAUUAACUUUAAUUGUUUGUGCAAGUGCUCCGUUUCUGAUUCUUUCAAGUGGUUUUGUAUCAAAGUUGCAAGGAACAUUAACUAUGAGAGAAUUAGAAGCUUAUGGUGGAGCCUCAACAAUAGCCGAAGAAGUGUUUGGAUCAAUUCGUACGGUAGUUGCAUUCCAUGGCGAAGCAAAAGAAUCUGAAAGAUUUGCAAAAGAAUUAAUUCCAGCAAAAAGAGAAAGUAUACGAAAAGGAAUUUUAACCGGUUUUGGAGUUGGACUUUUAUGGUUAAUUACUUACGGUAGUUAUGCUCUGGGAGUUUGGUUUGGCGUAAUGUUCAUUAUUGACGAUCGUGGAUUAGAAAAUCCCACGUAUACAACAGGAGUGUUUUUGACAGUAUUUUUCUCUGUAUUAUUGGGAGCAACAAAUUUGGGUAUCGCCGCACCAUAUUUAGAAAUAUUUGCAACUGCAAAAGGCUCUGCGGCUGUAAUAUUUUCAAUUAUUGAUCGUCCAUCAAAAAUUAAUACAUUUAGUAAAGACGGUUUAACGCCAAAUAAUGUAGAAGGAAAUUUUGAAUUUAAAAAUGUACAUUUUAAUUAUCCAGCACGACCAGAUGUUAAAAUUUUGCAAGGAUUUAAUUUAACCGUGAAAAAAGGUGAAACAGUUGCAUUAGUCGGUCCAUCUGGUUGCGGAAAAUCUACAGCUAUACAAUUAUUACAAAGAUUGUACGAUCCGCUCCAGGGGCAAAUAUUUUUAGAUGGUACUGAUAUAAAAAAAUUAAAUGUAAGAUGGUAUCGUCAACAUUUUGGAGUUGUUGGGCAAGAACCAGUACUUUUUAACGAAACAAUCGCUACAAAUAUCGGUUACGGAUUAGAAGGAGCAUCACAAGCAGAUAUCGAAAAUGCUGCAAAACAGGCAAAUUGUCAUGAUUUCAUUUCAAAAUUACCAGAAGGAUACGAUACUAGAAUUAGCAAUGCUCAAUUAUCUGGUGGACAAAAACAACGAAUAGCUAUUGCACGUGCCUUAAUACGAAAUCCUAAAGUAUUAUUAUUAGAUGAGGCAACGUCUGCACUGGAUUUAAAAAGCGAAGCUCAAGUACAAAAGACUCUAGAAAAGAUAGGUAUUGGUCGAACCACAUUUAUUGUGGCACAUCGUCUAUCAACGAUCACGAAUGCUGAUCGCAUUGUAUAUGUUGAUAAAGGUGUUGUUUGUGAAAUUGGUACUUAUUCGGAGUUAAUGGAGUUAAAAGGUCAAUUUUAUAAUUUGGUUGUUACAAAUACAGCAGCACCAAUAGAAGAUAAAACGGAAGAUGAAGAUGAAGAAGCCAAAAUUAAGAAAUUUAACAGGCAAAAAUCAUUUACUGAAUCAAUCCAAAGUGAAUUAGAAAAAGAACUAGAUGAGGAAAAAGAAAUGGAAGAAUACUAUAGCAAAUCGAAAGAAAGUGUAUUUAUGCGCGUAUUAAAAAUGAACAGACCCGAAUGGUGUUACCUUUUUUGGGGAGUAAUUGCAUCAAUCUGCGUUGGUGGUUUUAUGCAAUCGUUUGGAGUAUUGUUUGGACAACUCAUGGCAAUUUUAGGAAUAGAAGAUAAUGAGCUGGCAACCUCAGAGGCUAGAAAGUAUUCUUUAAUAUUUUUAGCAAUGGGAUUUUGUCUAGGUAUAUCUCAAUUCUUCCAAGCCUACACAUUAAAUAAAGCUGGGGCACAUUUAACAACUCGAUUACGUGAGAAAUUAUUUAGUGUGAUGAUGGUACAAGAAAUGGGAUGGUAUGAUGAGCCUAAGAAUAGUGUUGGAGCUUUAGCAUCAAGAUUAUCUGGUGAUGUUUCAACCAUACAAUCAGCAGUUGGUACAUCUAUUGGAGCCAUUUUACAAAGUUUCUUCUUAAUUUUAAUUGGUGUGGUUGUGGCUCUCGUAUUUUGUUGGAAAUUAGGAAUUGUUUGUAGUUUUAUGAUGCCAUUUAUUUUAAUAUCGGUAUGUCUAGAACAAAAAGCAGCUAAAUCAUCGGGUGGUGAUAAAAAGGCUAUUGAAGACGCCACCAAAGUGGCUGUCGAAGCGAUAUCAAACAUUCGAACUGUAAUGAGUCUCGGCCAAGAGCACACAUUUUUACAGAAGUACACUGAUGAAUUAUACCAAGUGGAACGAAUAUUAAAGAAAAAGAUUAAUUUCCGUGCUGCAGUUUAUGGUUUUGGCCAAGGAAUUAUAUUUGCUUUAUAUACUGUAAGUUUAACGUUUGGUGGCUACUUGAUUGCCGAGGAUAACGUUGACGUACAAACAGUUGUAUUAGUAACGGAAGUAACACUUUACGGGAGUUAUAUGGUCGGACAAGCACUAAGUUUUGCUACAAACUUUAUUGGUGCUAGAAUGAGUGCAAUCCGUAUAUUCCAAACAUUAGAUCGUCAACCAAAAAUAACGUCUAAUCCCGCAUCAUUUUCGAAUGAUCAGAAGUCUAUCGACGGAAAUAUAAAAUAUAAGGAUAUAAAGUUCCGUUAUCCUACACGACAAAAUGCUGAAAUAUUAAAAGGGUUAAAUUUAAAUAUACAAAGUGGGCAACAUGUGGCAUUAGUUGGUUUUAGUGGUUGUGGAAAAUCUACACUUAUUCAAUUGUUACAACGAUUAUAUGAUCCGGAUUCAGGGGUCGUGACAUUGGAUGGCCACGAUACCAAAACCGAAUUAUCAAUACCAAAAUUAAGAAGUCAAUUAGGUAUUGUAUCACAAGAACCAGUUUUAUUUGAUAGAACAAUUGCUGAAAAUAUCGCAUAUGGUGAUAAUAGUCGUAAUCCAAGUAUGGAAGAAAUCAUUGAAGUAGCAAAACAAGCAAAUAUUCAUACCUUCAUUAGUUCACUACCCUUAGGUUAUAAUACAAGAUUAGGCUCAAAAGGAACACAAUUAUCAGGAGGACAAAAACAACGUAUAGCAAUUGCCCGUGCAUUAAUAAGACAACCAAAAGUUUUAUUACUGGACGAGGCAACGUCAGCAUUAGAUAGAGAAAGUGAAAAAGUAGUACAAGAAGCAUUAGAUAAAGCACAAGAAAAUCGUACAAGUAUAACAAUUGCACAUCGUUUAGUUACAAUACAAAAUUCAGAUUUAAUAUGUGUAGUCGACCAAGGAGUUAUUGUAGAAAAGGGCACACAUGAAGAACUAUUAGCGAAAAAAGGUCUUUAUUACAAUUUACAUCAAUUAUCAUCAAUUGAGCAUUAAGUAGCAACAUGGCGAAUAUUUCUAUUUACUAAAUUAGUGGACAGAAAUAGAAUACCUACAUAAAUUUUCAAUUCGUUAAAUAGAAAAAUUCAAUGCACCGCGAUUGUGGAGGAGUUUUCUAUAAAACUACAGUUAGUAAUACUGUUAACAGUUUCUCUUCGAGGAAAAUUGUAUAAAAUUUAUGUUAAAUGACAUUUAAAAACUCAAAAAUAGCUCAAAGUUCCUUUGAUAAAGGCAUGUAUUAUAAGAUAUAUUUUAUAAUCGAUUUGAGAGAAUAAUGACAUCUAAAAAAAAAUUAAAUAACGUUUUUCGAUUCGAUAAUGAAUCGAAAAUGAAUAAAUGAUAAAUCUUAGCAAAAUAUAAUUUUCUAAGAACUUUUCUACUUACAACUACUCUUUCUAAUUAUACGAAAAAUAACUAGUUAAGCUUUUGAAGUAUUAAGCUUCAAGAAAAAUGAAGCGAGUUAUUCUCUCAAAUUGUGUAAACGUUUUCUACUUAGCUAUAGGUUACUUAAUUAGCUUGAGAUAAAACAUCUCAAUGGAAGCUUUAUCUGAUGAAAAGCAAGUAUUAUUUUUUGUGCUUUAAUUAUUAAGCUAUACUUAAGCCUUGAAAAGUGAUUUGAAUAUAAAAAUAUUUUAUUUAAAUACUAGACUACUUUUUUAGAG